AUCUCGAACUUACAUUUCCAGCAAUUUUACAAGGAAAAAACUCGCGUUCAUUAGUACUUAUUGCUUUACUGAAUCCAUUCAAUGAACAUGCAAGACAGUCAACAACUAGACUGGUUAUUGUCACUUACAAUGUGUAGUUGAUUGAAGGUGAAGUUAAAUUCACAGUUUUAGUUGGUCAAUAUCAAUCCCUUAAUAAUGGCGUUGCAAUCAAAUCUUAAUGAGAUAUCAACAUCAUGGACUAAUAAUCUCACAAGGAAAAAAGUAACGUUCAUUGGUAUUACUGUUUUAGUGGCUACAUCUGUUUGCAUCAGUGUUAUUUUUGCUGUCAGUGUCAAGUCAUCAUCACCGGAGGUACCUUUAGCUUUGAGUUUAUUCAAAGAAAAGAUGAAUUUAACGAGAGAUGAGAUUAAAUGGGUUAGUUAUAGCUCUGACAAUUAUUCACUGACUGAUGCUUUGGCUGGUGGUACUGGAUCCGAUGGAAAGACUGUUUACGUCUGUCGAGCUAAGCGAAUAACUAACAAUGGAGAAGAAGUGAUUCCUGGAACUUUUGACCCAAAUGAUACAUUUAAUUUUUGUACAGUCACACGCGAUAAAAGAGCUUUGAGCUUUCUAUCCUUUGAACUGCUUGUUAUAAAGGAUCCAUCUCGAUUAGUUUGGAAGGCCGAGUCACAUGGCAGAAUAAAGAAUGGUGCUAUUUCUGGUGGUUACACUGCAUCCAAUAAAAUACUUUACGUUACACGAUUUAAAUACGAUGGCUUUUUCGUUUCUGGUAAAUUGGAUCAACUUGAUAAGGAAGCUUCAGGGUUAGCUGGAAACGACCAGAUCAAAUCUGUAAAUUAUGAUGUUUUAUGUGUUGAUGAUUAUGCUCUGUAA